CAGGUGCUCGCGCAGGUUACAUUUUCACCUGCAGGCAGCACGCGGGGGCUCGUGCUGGGCGGUUUGGUCUGCGUUUAGCUCAACGAAACACUGCAAACACGGUUAAACCAACUAUCCAGUCCGUUUCCUUGGACUUAAAGGGUGUUUUUGCUUACUGUGGGAAUCUAGGACCUUUUUCAUGGAACUAACUCCGCAGGAGUGGAAGGAAAUCUUCGUGAACUCCACUGGACACACUGUCAAGAGAAGUGAGUGAGUGAGUGGGCAGUGGAGUAGGAAACUAUCGUGUGCUGAGAUUCACGUAGAUAAGCCAAAGUGCUGGGAGAGCUGUGGGGACGUGCUGCCUGGCCUGCUGUCUGUAAAACUGAAAUCUAAGGAAGUUGGACUAGUGGACCGUUGUUGGAAAAAAGGAGAGAAAAUGGCUCGUCUGGCCUGGUUUGGUCUGUUUCUGACUAAACUAAUAGCCUCUGUGUGUGGUGAGUCUGUCCAGCCUGUGGGCUUGCGGACCUUUGCUGAUGAGGAGACGCGGCUGCCCUGUGAGUUUAAAGUGCAGGAUGAGAGCAAAGUGGUGCAAGUGACCUGGUCCAGAGAGCAGCAAGAUGGGGUCAAAGAGCAGAUCAUCACUAAUCACAUGACAGAAGGAAUUCAAGAGUUUCCAGGUUUUGUUGGCCGUGUGCGCUUUGAGAGUCUUGACCCUUUUAAAGACUCUGCGCUGCUGAUCCUGAGCACGAAGGAAUCCGAUGAUGCCACAUACACUUGCCACAUUUCUACUUUUCCCUCAGGAAACUUCGAGAAACAAAUCAGACUCACUGUCUGGAGAAUACCCAUCGCCAUGCUGGAACCUGUCAUUCUGGAGGAGGGUCAAACCUUCCGUGUGGCCGCAACGUGCCGUGCAGUUGGCUUGCCACGGCCCGAGCUCUCCUGGGACACAGACCUCCUUGGCCAAACGCAAAACAAAAGCUCAGAAGAUAAGGUCAUCUCUUCUACCUUCCUACUGCACCCUUUAAGGAGCCUGAACGGCCGUAAGCUGGACUGUCUGGUAUGGCAUCCUGCAUUAGAGAACCCCCAAAGGCUCAGCAACACACUGGUAGUGCACUUUCCGCCUAAUCCUGAGGUUGUUGGGUAUGAUCAAAAUUGGUCAGUUGGUCGGAUAGGAGCGGGGCUCAGGUGUGAGAGCGGAGGGAAUCCACGACCGCAAAACUUCACCUGGAACAGGAAGGGCAAAAGUUUGCCUGAAGGCGUGACUGUGGAGGGCAACAGGCUCUUUUUUACUCGGCCUCUGAAUAAGACGGACGAGGGUGUUUACGAAUGUGAAGCCAAAAACAGCAUGGGGGCUGUGAGAGCAGAGUUUAAUGUUGAUAUUCCAGUAACUUCUGAAGCUGCUAGGCUGGAGGCCUCCUUCAACAACCUCCUAAUCAUCAUAGUGGGUGGAGCUACUGGGGGUCUAGUAGUCCUCAUGGUGAUCAUCAUCAUUCUGGUGAACCGCCACCAUAGACGCAGGAACAGGAAACUGAAGAGGGAGCUCACUGAAAGAAAAGAGGAGAUAAAUAAUCUCUCGAGACAAGCCUCAAUGAGGAGACUCAACUCUGUCAGCACUGACCCCAGGAUACAGACUGAGGAAUGUGCCCUAAUCAGACUGGACAGUGCUCUGAAAAGCAGCUUUUUAUCUCUAGAGGGGAACUCCACAUUAUGUGACCAGAGGGAUGGGCUCAGAGAAGGAGAGUAUGAUAGCCUCGGUCGUCCGGCCAUAUACCCGUCCUACCGCUCAGAGCGAGGGAGCAGUAGGAGGAAGGAGACAGAGGUGGAAAGAGAGGAACGAAGACGCAGAGUGGAAUCUUUUGUAACCAAUAGCACUGUGCCUUUGGAUUCAGAUUCACUUCACAGAGACCAAAGCCCUCCGCCGCUGUCCAUUAGUUCAGGGCCUCAGAGAGAAGGAGGGAUGGAGAAAGAGGGAUGGGGACAGAGAGAAGGAGUGACUGAGGGAGAGGAGGGUGAUUGCACCUCCAACUCCUAUCAGAUCUCAGAGGCUCUCUCCAAUCACUUCCAGUACAGCAACGGCUUCCUCAGGCCAAAGCCUCACCCUAAUGCUAUACUACUGCACCCACGGGGCCAAAUCAUCUGAUGUGUUCAACUUGCUGUGACUACCUGCUCAUCAUAGCAUCAAGGAAGAAAAUGUUCUUUCAUGGGGCAUCUCACUUUUGUGCUGGUUUCAGCCUCCAGGAUCUCAAAGUGUGAUCUGUGAUCCAGCAGAGCUUGCCUUGAACUCUAUAUUUGGCCUGUUUGCUGCUUCAUCUAAGCAACCGUUGCAAAUGCUUAGCAUAUUUCUACACUCCUUGGGGCAAGCCAGUGUCAAUAUCACCCAUCCAGACAAGUGAACCCCUUAAUGACCUUCAGGUUUUUCCUGUACCUGAUGACCUCUGCCUGGCCUAGCAGGUUAGGUGCUUUGAAAGUGAAAACCAAUUGUGACCAGUUGCUUUGGGUCACCGUCAAACCACUCAACAUGGAUAAUACAAGAACAUAAGCUACUAGAAAAGUGUCUCCCAAGUAGAGGCAGAUGAGGAAAAAUAUCAUUGUAAGACAGUAAAACUCUGGUUAGCAUUUGCAUACCUUAAAAACACAAAUGCGAAGCCCUACACGCACUGAGUGAUCACAGAGCCAAUAAUAUCCUCUGUAUAUUUGCUAGCUAAUUUUUUUUUUUUUUUUUUUACGAUUUCAUACAACUACAUUAAUAACAUUUUUGUAUUUGUUUUUCCAAAUCUGUGACGUAACCAGGACGGGCCUGCUAAAGUCUACAGGCCGUAAUGUUCCAGGUCUACUCUGGCAGUCUGGCCGGAAUAUAGACCUAACAGAGAUUUUAAAGCAAAUGUCAGCACCACCAGGCGAGUGCAACACACCAGUCAGACAGCUGAGUUUGUUCUGGUGCUGUGUCAAAACUUUAAACCACACAAUGUCAACAGAGAGUGCUAACAACCUUUACUGUCAGAGGAAUGUCCAGCUGUUACAAUGCCAUGAGUUGGGGCCACCUUAUGGCUUCAGUGGCUUUCAUUUUCAGAGUUCAAAAGUAGUCUUGGAACACUCACAAUUUAUGUCCUGCUAAUUUAUUACUUUCUGUAGUAAUGUUAUUUAUUCAUUUUUUCAAAAUUUCUACACACUGGUUCACACACAUUCUACACACAUUCAGAGUUGACUCAUGUGAAAUGUUGCGUUGCAGACACUCAGACAUUGGUGGUGAUAGAAACCCAGUGUUACAAUGUCUACAUCGCAAAAUAUUGUCAUUUUAAUUUAUCAAAAACCACCAGUGAACCUACAUGUGUUUUGACAAUGGUAAAAUGGUGAUAAAUCUAGGGGAAAAACGUUUUACCCUGGGCACUAUGUACUAAAAGCUAAAAGCUUAACUAUUGUGCAACAAUGUCUUGGACAUCAGGCAGCGUGUUCAUAAACAUUUCAUGUAAUAACUUUGUGGUGGAGCUCUGGACAUCACUUUGAACAUCUGGCUUCUAUCACCAUCACUGAAAAAUUCUGAUUCUGUUUCUCUGGAACUGAGCAUUUCACACCAAACUACUCCAAAUGACCUUGUUUGCAUCUUAAUAGCUGAUGCCUGCUAUUAUGCAGAGAUUUUGAAAAGUAGAUGUAAUUCUCUUUUAAUUACACCAAGCAAAAGUCCUAUAGGUUGGUAUUUAGUACUUUACAUAGAUUGAUGUUUCUUUUUGAUGACACGUUUGCACGACUGAUGCUCUUUUGGAUGGCCAGUGUAGAAACUGCCUGUUUUUCCAUGACUUAAGUAUAUUUUUUUACACUAGAUUUUGGACUUUUCAAUGACUCUGCAAUCUUUCUUACAGAUAUUUCGUUACCAAGAGUCAAUAUUUUGUGUCAGAGUAAUUCAACUCAGUGUUUUCUAAAUCCAAAUCUUUCCUAAUGAAAAAUUUGAAGAUUGCUUUGAUUGCUUUGAAGAUAGCAUUUAAGUUUUGGAGAUCUCUGGUUUGAACAUAACAUGUGGGUAUAUGGAUUCAUGUCCCAGCCUUUUUAUUUAUUUUUUUUUUUUUACUUAAAAUAGGUGGAUAGGUGUAAACUUUCACCUAACCACCCAUUAGAAAGUCUUCUAGUUUGCUAUUGUUCCCUUUAACCCAGCGUAUUGACUUAAAAAUUAUAUAGCUUACAUGUCAUACUUUUGAAUACAGUAAAACAAAUUUCAUAAUACAUUAGCAACUUAAAUAAUGAUUCUUUAAAAAAUGAUGGUAGAGAUGUCCUGCUUUUGGGCACUGUCUAUUCUCUGCGUUAAGUACCUUAUUGUGUAUUCUAAUUUCCAGUUCUGUAUUACAAAGCAACUGCAAAUUAAAUCUUCAAUUUGGGGUUUAGUUUCAACUACAUUGCUGAGUUUGGCAACCAUGUUUCUGUUUGUCAUUGUUGUAGAGCAGGGGCCACCAAGCUUAUCCACAAAGGGCUGGUGUGGCUGAAGAUUUUCAUUAGAGUGAAAAAGCACAUUUGAUUCCACUUUAAUCAGGUGGUCUUGCAUGUCUUCAAACAAUUGGUUAGUUGAGGGGAGCUCAUGCUUGGUUGGAAUGAAAACCUGCAGCCACACUCAUCAGUUGUGGAUAAGAUUGGUGACCCCUGCUUUAGAGUAUUCAACUAUUAUUUCUGAUUGUGAAAGAUUUGUUUAUGUAAAAAUGAUAAAAUGAACAUGAGACAAAAACAAAGAAAAUAUUUGAUCACAGACAUUUUUGGUGUAUUUUUCUGUACAUUUUGUAAUGACAGCUGGACAAAAGUUGUCAACUUUUUGUUUAUUGUAAAAAAUAAAGACACAUCUAAAAUUGGAAAAACCAAAAUGAUGGGGUUGGGUUUCAUACAAGGAAUGAAUAAAAACUACACUUCAGUGUA